AUGGAUCAUCUUGACAAAGACCAAGUGAAAUAUGUGGAGGAGCAAAAGGAGGAAAGCAGCAAAUGCCGCAACGUUUGGCAAGAAAUAAUUAGAAAAACUCUUGGAUGUACAAAGGAACAAAUACAAAAAUACGUUGCAAGUUGUAGAAGAGAAAAGGAAAGGGUCAUUUCCAUUCUAUAUGGGAGUGUCUUCCAAGGUGAAAGGUACCUUGCGUAUACAAAAAAAUGGAGAGGAAACACAUUAAACGAAAUCAUCAACCAAGACGAAAGGAAUUAUGCAGAGUUGAAAAAGUUGGGAACGGCAGACAAUAGCUACUUGUGUAGGUUAGCCCUUGGGUAUGUGGACGAGAAGGAUGAUGCAGAUAUUUUUGGACAGAAUGAACAAGCAGAACUUAGCAAUUGUGACCCUAACGGUAACGGUGACGGCGACAUAAGCAAUCACGCUGAAGCUAACGCUAAUGGCAAAACAACCACCAUUACAGACAACAUCACCCUCUCCAAUAAUAAUAACAGAAACGGACCCACCACUGACAGCAACAUGGUCACGAGAGGAAAAGCUCACCAUACAGAAAAUAACGCACCCUUAAACGAAAACGAUGGAAUGUUCGAAAAAUUGAACUAUUUAGAAAAAAGAAAUUAUAGGAACAAGUCCAAGGUAGGCUACUAUAACGGUCUGCACGAUGGUACCACGAACAGCCACUAUUACUAUAGUAACGAAUACGGAAAUGGAACCGCUAAUGUUCACCCUGGGGGUAAUUAUUACAGUGUGGGCGACCGAAAUUUAGGGAGCAGCCGAAGGGUAACCGGCCGAAAUGCAAGAACCAGAAACCCGGGCAGUGACCCCUGUUUCGAACCCCCAUCGGAACAAAAUGACGCAAUAAUUAAAUACAAGUACUUACCCACAGGUGUUUUCUACAGUCGAGUUUCCCGAUCCUUUAUUGCCAAUUGGAUUGAUCAUAAAACAAGAAAACAAAUUAAAGUACCAUAUAAGAUUGCCGAAUUUGGAAUCGAAAAAAGUAUGAUUUUGGCCAUCCUUUCUAGGAAUCAUCGUAUUAAUAAACUGCAUAACGCCUUAAAAUGCUAUGACAACUUAACCACCGAGCAGAAGGAGGAAAUGUUGCAAGCCAUUAGAACCACGCAAAAAAGUGAAAAACUCUUUAACGAUUUGUUAAAACCGAGCGGGAAUGGAACAUCAAAUGGGGAGUCCACACCCAACGGGAGGGGAACUCCCAACGCCCUUCUUCACAGUAGAGCAUCCCCAAACGGCAUAACAGACAGGCAAACCAACCAAGUUAACGUCCAAAUGGACCAACCGAUUGGUCAUGUGGACCAACUAAUCGCUCCACCCAACCAACUAACCAGUCAAUCCAACGAAUUAAACGGUCAACGAAGCCACCUAAUAGGUCCACCCAACCAGCUCCCCUCACUCAGCAGCAACAACAACUCCCCGAAUAGACAACACAACGAACAAAAACCAAAGCGCACAACAGUCAAAAAAACAAGUAUCGAAAAGAGAAAAGCGAAACAGUCCUACCAUAAGGCAGAAAAUUUACCCACUGGGGUGUAUUUUUAUCAAGGCUCCUAUGUAGCCAAUUGGUGGGAAACACAACAAAAGAAACAAUUCAAAGUUCCUUUUAAAAUUUCAGAACAUGGAAUAACCAAAGCCAAAAAUCUAGCCAUCAUUUCCAGAAUUAUUAGAUCAUCCUCUGUACAACAAGUCAAUUUCAUUUUAUCUCAAAUGGAGCAAACAAUGGACAUCACAAAGAUGGACUAUGCUACCAUGGCUGCGUUAGCUAGUAAAUAUAUAUUAACCCAACCUCCGAGGGAGGAGUAA